AUGAACACUUACAAAACCCAUGCUUCUAAAAUCACUCUAACACUAAACCUCGUCUUCCUUUAUCCUAUCAUUCUUAACCUCGCCAUAGAACCAAACGACUCUGAUAGCGAUGACACAAAAAUCUUCUACAGACCAGGAAUAAUCUCACUCAAAAAGCAAAGCUUCCGCUCCGAAAAUUUCCCCCUAAGAAGCUUCUCUUCCCUCUCCCCUGCUCGCUCCGACAGGUACACUCCCUCUCCCAACCCUAGACGUCCCAUAUGCAACACUCAAAAGCCCCAAUACUCAAACCCCAUUCUUGUCAAAUAAAGUUGAUCUUGACAACCUCAAGCAAGAGUUUGAUACCCAAAAUUCCCAAAGGAAGGAACAGAGAUUAAGGGAUUUUGAAGAUGAGGCUAGAAGACUGAGGAGGGACUUUGAAAUGGAGGUGAGAGAGGAGCAGAAGAGGGAGAAGGGGAAGUUGGAUGAGACAGAGGUCUAUGCAAGAGAGUUGUAUUGGGAAGAGGGUGGGAGGGGAUUGGAGGGAGAGCAGGAAAAGCCGAGGUUUGAGGAGUUUAGAAGGUUAAGAAAAGAGAGUUUUGAGAGAGGGGUAAUUGAAAGGAGAGAAGGAUUUGAGAAAGAACAGAGAAAGAGGAGAGAAGAGUUUGAGAUUAAAGAAGACAAAUUGGAAAGAGAACAGAGAGAAAAAUGGGAGGAGAUUGUGAGAAAAGAGAAUCAAAUGAUUGGACCAAAGGUUGGGUGUAAUUUUAAUUCAAUAUACCCAAAAAUAAAUCACACUUAUCCACUCUACCAAUCCAUCGAAGUAGAGGCCAAUGAUACUCCAAAUACUCCCCAAGAAUCUAAAAUCCCUAAAUUAAGCCCUUUGCAGUCCCUCAAAAUGCCACCAUCAAUGACUCACUCCUUCAUCUCCUCCCCUUUGGAAGAGUCCAAAGACAUAAUCCUCCCAGAACCCAUCUUAACCACCCCAUCUACUGAAGAGAUGCAAGUUCAGGAUUUCAUCAGAAUUAUCAAAGAGAUGCAAGUGCUUAAACAAACGAAAGCACCCCAGCAUAGAGAUGAAGCCUCUGGGAAGAACCCUUAUGAAGCAGAAUUGAACAUGAAGCUACUAUAUCAGAAAAUUAAGAAUGAAGAAACAGGGGAAAUUGAUAAUGAGAUAGUAUCAAGAAAAUGGCCGAAUGCUGAAGCUCUAGAGAGGGAUUAUAAUAAGUUUUUGAGCAACUGUGUAAUGGGGAUUUAUGAUGGGUUAGAGUGGAGAGAGGAAGAUAGAGAUAUGGAUCUUAUCUUGGAAAAGAUCAAAGAAUUUAUCAUAUCAAGAACCCAAAUCUUAAUUCAUCUAAAUGAAGAACCCCCAUCUGAUAUGAUAUACUUUAUUCAAGCACAAAUAAAGGCCGGAAAAUGCCCUCAAAGCUUGCUAGAUUUCCUCAUCAACAAUGAACCAAAAAAAUCAAAUUCCGAACUUUGAAGUAUCAACAACUCUUCUCAUUCAUCAAUAUAA